AUGGUGCAUCAACUCCACCAGAGCAUGAUGGCACGAGUCACGGAUCAUAGAGCUGUCUCAGAGGCAGUGGCAGUAACCAACAGAAUGAAGCAGGACUGCGUCCUUGCGCUUACCCUCUUCACUCUCAUAUACUCUGUCAUGCUGAUGGACACCUACCAUGAUGAACGCCCCGGGAUCCGCAUCGCCGACAGUACGGAUGGUCAACUGCUCAACCACGGGAGGAUGCACUUUCAAUCGCGUGUCUCCACAACCACCUUCCGCGAACUUCUGUUUGUCGAUGACUGCGCCCUCAAUGCAACUACAUGCAAAGGAGCAUGGAUCUCUUCUCUGCCGCCUCCGACAACUUCAGUAUGGCCAUCAACACGGAGAAGACAGUGGUAAUGCACCAACCCCCAUCCAACACUACCUAUAAUGCGCCGCAAUUCUGUAAGUCAUUGACCACUUCACGUACCUGAGCACCAACCUCUCCGCAACACUAACAUCAACGACGAAGUGGCCCGCCGAAUUUGCAAGGCCAGUGAAGCCUUCGGUCAUCCUCAAAACACGGUUUGGAAUCGUCACGUUCUCUACGUCAGCACGAAACUGAAGAUGUACAAGGCCGUCAUUCUACUGACGUUGCCGUAUGGAGCAGAGACUUAGAGGGUGUACAUGAAGCAGGCACGCAGGCUCCAUCACUACCAUCUCAGUUGUCUUCGCCUAAUACUGAAGCUGAGGUGGCAGGACCAGAUCCCAGACACGGAUGUACUGCAACGGACGGGAAUCCUCAGCAUAUGCGCCAUGCCAAGGCAACUGAAACUACGCUGGAACGGCCACCUCUUACAGAUGCACGACGAGAGGCUCCCCAAGCGACUCUUCAAUGGAGGUGUGGCCACGGGUUCCCGCCGCCAAGGGGGCCCAAUCCGUCGAUACAAGGGCACACUGAAGGCCUCCCUGAAGCGUCUGCAGAUCAAUCCGGCCAACUGCGAAGACCUCGCUCGAGACCGACCUACCCGGAGGAGGACAGUGACGACUGGCGCAACGAUCUAG